AUGAGACCACCACAACCACAAAAACCUUCCUCCGGGUCCCAAUCCCAGCCAUCAUCCAAAACCCUAACCUUCGCCACCCCCCUCCCCCAAUCCCCCCGCUCCGACAUCCUCGAAUGGGCCCUCCCCAAGCCCUUCUCGCACUACGUCCUCACCGGCAAAUCGCGCGCAGCCUGGCACACCUCCUUCGUCAUUCCCCAACUCAACUUGUUGCUCGACGCCGGCUUGGUGGUGAACAACUCUCGCCCGAAACACAUCUUCAUCACGCACGGCCACAACGACCACGCCUUGCUGUCUCCCGUCUACAUCAAGCGGGAAGAUCCGCCCGACUUUCAUUGCCCUGUGGGCAUGAAACAGGUGUUGCAGGAUUAUCUUCGGGCGAACACGAUGCUUAACCUGGGUGGACUGAUAGCGCCGAGGCCGGGGAAGGAGAUCCCCCUGGUAGAAAAGGAUCCGGAAACGGGGGAGGUGGUUAAAGAAGUGAUUCGGCCGACACAUGUCACCUACGGCUUGGAAGCGGGAGAUGUCGUCCCGCUAAGGAGGACGAAAAAUAUCAGCGCUGUGGCGUUUGCUUGCGAUCACACCGUUCCUUGUUUGGGGUACUUGUUUCAGCAGACGACGCAUAAACUUAAGCCGGAGUUUGCUAGCCUGCCGCCUAAGGAGCUGAAGGCUAUCAGGGCUAGCGGACAGGAACUGACGGCGCCGGUUACGACGCCCAUGUUUGCGUUUUUGGGGGAUACCACUACCAAGACGCUGGAGGAAGAGCCGAUGAGGGGGUGGCUGGAAAACGACAAGCUGCCGGUGGUGAUUACCGAGUGCAGCUUCUUGUAUGAGGAGCAUAGGGCGCAGGCGGAGAAGACGAAGCAUACGCUUUGGGCGGACUUGGAGAAGGUAGUCAGGAGAUACCCCGCCACGACGUUUGUGGUGAUGCAUUUUAGUUUGAGGUAUAGUGUGGGAGAGGUGAGGAGGUUCUUUAAGGAGAGGGCAGAGGGAUUGGAGAAUGUGGUCGUUUGGGUGGAUGGGGAGGGGGAUGAUGGGGAUGAUGCUGGGGGCGGAGAGGGGGAGGUGGGGGAUGAGGAUUGA